AGGUUGGACGUGAGACCUUCCUUUCAUCAUCAUCUCCUCUGUUUCAGAUGACGUUGUAAGAAAUUCGAAACAAAAUGCUGAGGGAGAUGCUUGCCUGUUGCAAGCUCUACAUCUCAGAAACCCGCAACGCUGCAGCGCUGGAAUCGAUCGAGCGAGCUUCCAAGCUCUUCCCAGAAGCACCCAUCAUCAACAAAUUCCAAGACGAAUCCUACAACCGAGUCGGGUACACGCUCGUCUCCCGUUUCCCCCCAGACCCGUCGGGUCCUUCUUCACUGAGAAAUGCCGUGUUUUCUAUGGUCGAAGCGGCUCUCGAUGCCAUCGAUCUUGAAUUGCACUCUGGGACUCAUCCACGGCUAGGAGUCGUUGAUCACAUCUGCUUCCACCCUCUCUCUCAGGCUUCGCUGGACCAAACGGCCCACCUUGCUAAGUACGUCGCAGCUGAUAUAGGACAUAAGCUUCGAGUCCUUACAUUUCUAUAUGGAGCAGCACAUGAGCAAGGGAGGACCCUUGAUUUAAUCCAAAGAGGGGUUACUUCAAGACCAAUGCCAUUGGAAACCAAUGGUCAGCGCGCAGUCCCUACAUUUCUAUAUGGAGCAGCCCAUGAGCAAGGGAGGACCCUUGAUUCAAUCAGAAGAGAAUUGGGUUACUUCAAGCCCAAUGCCAUUGGAAACCAAUGGUCAGGUGGGCCCCAACCUAAGUCCUUGCAGCUGAAGCCAGAUGCAGGCCCCUCUCAAGCCACUCAAUCCACAGGUGUUGUGGUAGUUGGUGCAACACGAUGGGUUGACAAUUACAAUGUGCCUGUUUCAUCGACUGACAUUUCUGGUGUCCGUAGGAUUGCGAGACGGGUGAGUGGUCGGGGAGGAGGGCUUGCGUCAGUGCAAGCCAUGGCACUCACCCACGGUGAGGACACGAUUGAGGUGGCGUGUAAUCUGUUGGAUCCAAGUCAAGUGGGAGCUGAUCAAGUUCAGCUUGAAGUUGAGCGGCUCGCAAGGGAAGAGAGAAUGAAUGUAGGGAAGGGUUAUUUUACUGAUCUAUCACAGGAAGAGAUCAUUGAAAAUUAUUUGAAAUUGGGCUUUGUUGAUUAAGCAACAUGGCAAUUGGAGAAAUUCAAUUGAGGAUUUUAUUUUUAUUUUUAUUUUAUUGUGAGAAGAUUUUUCA